UCUUCAAAGUAUAGUGAUACUGGCUCUCUCUUGUCCGUGGACUAGCUAACACAUAUUGUGUUAGUGAACCACGUAAAUUGUGUGUCGUGUGUGUGCGCGCUUUCGUUUCUUGCAUUGUUGAAUCCUCCUAUUUCCUAAUAUGCAGAAAAUAGACGUUGUGAUAGUGAAAAGUGGAGCGAUAAGUGCUCUUUCUGCGAUGUCUGAUCGCUUAUGUGAUUGACAUUUAAAUUUAUAAUUCGAUGCACACUCUAUUCAAUCCUAACUAAGCCAAGUAUAACCUAGAAAGGGUUGUAGUAAACUGGCUCGAUCGUAUUCCAAGGGAACUGAUGACUUGAUAUUAGCACAUGUUUUUUCCUUUGUUUCUUGAUCGUUUAAGCUUCUAUUAUCGCUUCUUUGGCCUAUUUUAAGCUAGGUUUUGUUCCUUUGCCACAUUUCAGGUCAUAGCACAUAAAGUGAAGCGUAGGCGCAAGUUUCAAGUCAAUUGGAGAUCAAUUGGCGACUCGUGGGAAGAAACUCGGGUAUGACUUGAAGAACAAUGGAAUUCUACCUCAUUUUGUGACCAUAUAAUCAUGUAAUCUUGUCAUGAGAAUAAAGAGGACGAGACUACGAGCAUCUGGUAUCAAACGACACCUGAUUUGGAGUCCGAACGAGGGAGAAACGAAGAAUCAAAGAUAGGGGACCCGGAACUGCAAAAUACCCGACCAAUAUACCCGACCGGGUAUUUUGACCAUCUGAUAGGGUAUUUGUGACAGCAUCAGAAGGCCCCCGGUCGUGAAUCAAAAAUACCCGUCCGGGUACCCAAAAUACCCAACCUGGUCGCGAACGAAGGCUGUUAAAAGCCUGUUUUGUGCGUUUUUGGAGGGGGGGGGGAGAGCUGGGUUUGGAUCCCAAACACCCAAGGGACGAACCUAAGAGAGAGAGGGAUAUUUGAGGGCAUUCUUGGAGUGUAAUUGGAGGAUUUCUUCACCUUGGAAGCUCGAGGAACAUGUCCGGACUUGAAGACUGAUCAUCUGAAUAUUCUUACUGCAGUCUCUCUCUUCUCUAUGGAGUAACUUCCCUUCACUUAGGUUUUGAGGAACCCUAGCUAUAUUUGUUUGAUUGGAUGAUUGUAUGAGUACUACUACUUGAUAACCUUGAGUUCAUAUUCAAUCUAUGCACGUUUUCAUGAUUCAAUUAUGCUUUAGUCGAGAUUAUUGAUUCUGCUUUGAUCCUAUGAGAGCAAAUACCUGAUUAGGUCAAUAGAGCACCAUAGAUUGAUAGUAUUGGAUCGAUUGCUUUAGUCGAGGGUCGAUUCACUACUUUGUAUCAAUUGAGAAGCUCAUUCUAUAGAGGGAGUCUAGUUGAGAACGCCUUGAUCGGUUGUUCUAGAGAAGAAUACGUCCCUCUAGGCAAUUGACUCAAGAGGGCAUUGAUCCUUUAGUCGAGAUUCAAGGUCUAGUCAAGGAUUCUCCGCAUUGUGAAUGAAAGUGAAAAAAGUUAGAAAUCAUCAAUCAUUAAUUUGGCUAGUGGCUAGGGGGAAUCAUAUCUAAGUGAGUUCUCAACCUGUAAUUAGAUUAACUUUAACUGUAGUUUGUUAGAGUAGUUUUAGUUCUUCCAUCUUAAUCUGGUUUGCUAGAUAAUGAACUGAAGCUGAGUAAUAGUAACUCUAGGGACCCGUGGAUUCAAUAUUUAUUACUUGAGCCACUAUACUGCAGUCCCUUUCAUUGGUUACACUUGGCCAUUGUUAGGAGUUGUGUCAUAACGAGUCAAGUUUUUGGCGCCGUUGCUGGGGACUUUCUAGAUUAUUAGGAAAGGCGGAAGUUUGUUACUUUAGCAUUUUUCUUUUCUUUUCCACCCUUUCUUUUCACUUGGGUGUUUUUGUUGGUGCAGAUCUGAAUCAUGGAUCCUCAUGGCUUCUGCAACCAUUAGGGGUAUCCACCACCGUCCGAGUGGUGUUACCCCGAGACUUACUGGAGCAAUCAAGGAGGAGAAGACUAUGGAUUUGGGUUCCAGUACCAACCCCCUUACUAUGGAGAACAACUGGACCCUUGGACAUUUCAAGAACAAUAUCCUUAUGAAGAAGAAUUCCUCCCACAACCAGAAGGGCCAUCGGAGCUGGAGUUAGACAUGGCGGCCUUCACGGGCCAUUAUGCAUAGCCAUGCUACACUCCACGACCAUAUCCAAACUAUGAAUUGAGGCUUCUCGUGGAGCCGUUUGCUCGGGAGACCGAGAGACGCAAUCACAAGAUGGACCUCCUUUUCUCAUCUUUUGCUCCUCCUAACUCUUCAUCCCUUCGUGAAUUGGAGGAGACUAUUCCGCAGUCAUUAAAGCAAACAGAGCAGGUUGAGCAAGUUUGUACACAACUUGCUCAAGAUCACCCUUCUGCUACCAUACUAGAAGAGGAGGAGGAAGACGAAGGCUACAAGGACAUUGUGGAGCAAACAGAAGUUGUAACGGAGAGCUCCCGUGAAGAUCAUGAUCAAGAAUGUCCUGUUGUAGCCGACCACACCUUCCCACAUCCCACACCAAGCUUUGAAGAGGUGGGCAUGAGUAAGGAGAUGCAAGAUGAUCUCAUGAAAGAAAUCGCUUGGCAACUUGCUCUCCAAUUCGUGCUAGAAGAAGAAGAGCGAGAAAUGAUGAGGAAAGAAGUUGUGGAGGAUGACGUGACACGACCGGAUCCUUUUUGAAAACCAAGCUACAACUCAAACCACAAACCGGUUACUCCGGAGAAACCCAAAACGGUUUACAAGUCAAAACCAAAAAUCAACAACCACAAUGUUUAAGAUUUUCAAGUGAAAUGUCCUAAACACUUGGGCGACCUCAAUCCAAAGCAACAAAACAUAAAACACAAUCCUUGAGUUUCCCAGUAUACUCAUUAAGACAUGAAACUAAAGACAAAUAUAUGGGAGGUCCCAUCUCGUUACCCAGAUCCAGUUGACAUCUUCUGGUUUGUUUAACCUCCUCUUGAUGUAUGCGUCCUCUUCCCCUCUCUGCACCUGGUGAGUGAGAAGGGGUCAGUCUCGUCGUUACUUCCUAAGGUUUUUGCCCUAAGAAGCUCCCUACUAAACACAUUAUUAGAGU